AUGACAGCUGAUAAGCACAACCGCGCCAUUUAUUGGAGUCGAGAGCACCAGCAGAGACGGCUCAUUGACGCGUACGAGAGGUGGGACAAGCAUGGAGGAGUCUGGAAUGCAGCAGCGGCGAAGACGCACGAGGAGCAGCUAGGGCAUGUCCAGAAAGGAUGCCUUGCACGCGCUCAUCAAAAUGUUGCAUCAGACGGCAGCCAAAUUGAAGGCUCCCACAAAGGCUGGAACAACCUGCAGCGAUUGCAUGCCAGUGGCCUUGAAGUUCUUCUUACUGCACUCGGCCACGAUCACGUCCUGCGGUGGAACAUACACAUAGUCUCAGAUUGUCAGAGAGACCCACUAGAUCCGUUCUUAAGCUCUACACACAGGUCACACCACAUCCGAUUGGUAGACAGUGUCGCUAAGCUGUGGAACACGUUACUCGAGGAUGAAGCAGUCAAAAAGUUACGAGGUCUUCGAUGCCUACCAGAGAUGCAAGCCAUUGACAGCGGUGAGGUGUUCGGGCUUAUUCAGGCACAGUAUGCGACAACAUACCACAACCUCACCUGCAGUAGCAUCAAGGCUGAGCCGGACGAAGAAUUGCUCGAUCUGUCAUUACAGGAUGAAGUGCAGGCAUGUUCGAUACUGGAGGAUCUCAGUAUCGAUCCGGUGUUGUACCCACAGCUAGCUAAUGACUCACCAGUUGAUGCGGCAGCCCCACCGUUCACCUCUGAAUCACACACUGACAAUCCGCUGCUAACUCAGAGUUCACCACUUAGCCCUGCCCUCGCCACAGGACCUGUUGCAUCCGUUUCAAAGCAGUUGGCUCCCAUCAGCAGUCUGAGCUCGAUGCCGCUUGUGAUCGAUCUGAGCUCAGAUGAAUCGGACACAGCCACCAUUCGACACAGCUCAAAGAUGGAGUCAGCUGUGCAGGAAUUGCAGGACCAGGAUGUGAGAGAGGGUGUAUCAGAAAGGUGGAAGGGCAAAGCGAAGGAUGUGGAAGGGCCACCGUCUACUGCACCAGUGCCGCCGACUUCUCGAAGCAUGCAACUCAAGAAAGUCGACGAUAUCCAGGAUGUCGAAUGCGGAAAAUUUCUUCCUGGUGUCGCUUUGAAGAGGAAGGCUACCAGCGAUAUGAUGCCUCAGCAGGCAGACACAGCAGGUCACGGAAGCAAGAAGGUGAGAGUGUUAGAGUCCAUGCAGGCAGUGCCCGGAGUUGCAGUAAGCAUUGCGGAGUCCACCACACACAUGAAUAAGUCAAAGUCGACAACCGAGAAGAAGAAGAAAGCAUCGGCAACAGUCCACCCUUUUUUCGUGGCACAGCGGUCUGCCGGCAACAACAAGCCUGCACGCCGCUGUGCUGAGUCGAUGUCUGCCGGAACGUCUGAGUCCGCACUCAUUCUGGCUCAGGUUCUCCCGCCCUUGCAGAUUGACGGCCUCACACGCUCACAGAGGAUCUUCUCUAUUUCGACGGAAAUCAAUGCGGCCUCGCUGAGCAUCUCAACUGAUGCUGAAUUCUACCUCUUUAUGGACAUGUGGGCAGAGCAUAAGUGGGCAUCGUUCAAUAUGUCCCCUUCCAAGUGGGUUGCAGCAGCCGAAGCAUUCAAUGCGUGUCGCGAAGUUCUCAAUGGGCCACGUGGACUUCCGAUGAUCAGGAAGACUCCUCGCGCCCUCAUGGACAAGCUCGGUGAACUGAAACUGAAGGUCCUCUCUCGCAUCAACUCAAAGAACUACACCUGUUCGCACGAGAACCACAACAAGUCAUACUGCGCCGACGGUGUCAUGCAGAAGCCGAAGAAAGUCGAACGGCAUGUCAACGGUCAGGCUCCGGAGAUGUUUAUGGAAGAUCCUCCCGAGUUUCCGCAACCACGCGACAUCUUCACUACUGGGAUGCACUUCCAUCUGGACAUAUUCUUGAAGACAAUCAAGCACAUGUACCAGCAACUGAUUGUGCAGAAGGGAUCCGGCGGCGACCUUUCCAUGGAAUAUAUCGCGUUUGCGGGGCUGCUGUCGAAGCGGCUGAAGGUGCACGAAGACGGCAUGGCUCUUUUCGAGCUGUACGGCUCACUGGAGACGGCUUCCGCUUCGCGCUGGGUCAAUUCAAUCAUAGAGCGCAAUGGCAUCAAAUAUCUGCGCGUCGACUAUCUUCGCGAUAAUGCAGAGGCCGCCGGGAGCUUGGUAGUAGCGUCGGCGGGCAGGGAGGACCUCUGA